UUUUGUUUGUUUGUUUGUUUUUUUUUUUGGAUUUGUUUUGUCUUAGUCACAAUAGGUGCUCUGGACGAUUCGACCACAGUGAAAACUUUCCUUCUUUGGAGACUUAGUUUUCCAAAAUGGCAGGUCAAGAACCUAUAGUGCAACCAGACACUGAAGCCCAGCGGCAGACACCACUGGGUGUCUUACCAGGAAACUACACUAACAAGCAUUUGGGUGUCAUUCUUCCUCCUGUGUGACAUCGGACAUAAGGAACUCGAGUUCUGUAAGGGCCGGAUGCCAAGGAGCUGUUGGCACGAACAAGCGCCUUUUGACAUCUUCAUUAUCAUGAGAUGCUGACACACAGGUUCAGGGCAGAAAAACAAGAGAAAACUCUCAAGUGUUAAAGCAGAAUGAAGAAACACGGGUUUGCCAUUGUUAUUUAGAACCUCAUGGAGAUUUAUCUAUGAGGCAAUAUGGUUUUUAACAUUCACACGGGAUCAUCUGAAACAGCUCUUUUUAUCUAGUUAAUAUUUAGCUUGAACAUAAGGCUUAAAUAGGCAGGGAGAGGGACAGCGAAAGCACACAGUUCCCAGCAUUCCUGGCUACUAAAAGGAGCACCAAGAUAGAGGACUGGGCCUGCACUUUCUCUCCUUAAAAUAGUUUUGUAGAUCAGCAGCACCGUGAAUCCACGGAAGUACACAUUCCAGCUCGAGUCGUCUGUGUCGUGGGCCCAGGCCCCCACCUUGACCAGGCCUAUCACCCUUCCACACAAGAGGCUGUGCCAGACAGCCUGUGCUGAUAUACAAAGACCAGAGCUCAUCAAGCCUUCAGGAGGUGACGAACUGACAGGCUGACAGAAGCCAUUUGGUUCACAUUUCCAUCCAAGGGCUCCACUGGGGAAGGGCUUGUCUCCGCAUAGGUCUGACCACAGCAGCAAAGUCAGAAUGAUGAUGCAGCAGAGAAGAACCAAGAAAGGAGGAGUGCUUUCAGAAUUCCAAAUCUGAAAGCAGAAGCUCGGAUUCACAGCUGAGUGACAGGGCCACAUGAGACUUUACAGCCUUCAAAUGUGGUCACAGAGAUCGUUUGUGAGUUUUUAGAAAGUACAAGGAAAAAUUACAAGUGGGAUACUUGUUCAGUUGUGAAGUCAGUUGUUGGUACCCAACUGGAAGCCACAAUGAUUCGGGCCUUUGUUCAGCCAUCCACACCCCCAUACCAGCCACUCUCCAGUCACUCGUCUGAGGAAACAGAGAGGAAGUUCAAGGGCAAGGUGGUACAUGAAGCUCAACUCAACUGUUUCUACAUUUCUCCUGGAGGUUCCAACUAUGGGAGCCCACGCCCAGCUCAUGCCAACAUGAAUGCCAAUGCAGCUGCAGGACUUGCUCCCGAGCACAUCCCUACUCCAGGGGCAGCACUGUCCUGGCAGGCAGCCAUCGAUGCCGCCCGGCAGGCCAAGCUCAUGGGCAGUGCUGGCAACGCAACCAUCUCUACCGUCAGUUCCACACAGCGGAAGCGGCAGCAGUAUGGGAAACCCAAGAAGCAGGGGGGCACAACCGCCACACGGCCGCCCCGGGCUCUGCUGUGUCUGACCCUGAAGAACCCUAUCCGGAGGGCGUGCAUAAGCAUUGUUGAAUGGAAACCAUUUGAAAUCAUUAUUUUACUGACUAUUUUUGCCAAUUGUGUGGCCUUAGCAAUCUAUAUUCCCUUUCCGGAAGACGACUCCAACGCCACCAACUCCAACCUGGAACGAGUGGAGUAUCUCUUCCUCAUCAUUUUUACCGUGGAAGCAUUUUUAAAAGUAAUUGCCUACGGACUUCUCUUCCACCCCAACGCUUACCUCCGCAAUGGUUGGAAUUUACUGGAUUUUAUAAUCGUGGUUGUAGGGCUUUUUAGUGCAAUUUUAGAACAAGCAACCAAAGCUGAUGGGGCCAAUGCUCUAGGAGGGAAAGGAGCUGGAUUCGACGUGAAGGCACUGAGAGCGUUCCGCGUGCUCCGUCCACUGCGGCUAGUGUCCGGAGUCCCAAGUCUCCAGGUGGUCCUGAACUCCAUCAUCAAGGCCAUGGUGCCUCUGCUGCACAUUGCCCUUCUUGUGCUCUUCGUCAUCAUCAUUUAUGCUAUUAUCGGCCUGGAGCUCUUCAUGGGAAAGAUGCACAAGACCUGCUACAACCAGGAGGGCAUAAUAGAUGUUCCGGCAGAAGAGGAUCCUUCCCCUUGUGCUUUGGAGACAGGCCAUGGGCGACAGUGUCAGAACGGGACCGUGUGCAAACCCGGGUGGGAUGGGCCCAAGCACGGCAUCACCAACUUCGACAACUUCGCCUUCGCCAUGCUGACGGUGUUCCAGUGUAUCACCAUGGAGGGCUGGACAGACGUGCUGUACUGGGUCAAUGAUGCCGUAGGAAGGGACUGGCCCUGGAUCUAUUUUGUAACACUAAUCAUCAUAGGGUCAUUUUUUGUACUUAACUUGGUUCUCGGUGUUCUUAGCGGGGAGUUUUCCAAAGAGAGGGAGAAAGCCAAAGCCCGAGGAGAUUUCCAGAAGCUUCGAGAGAAGCAGCAACUAGAAGAAGAUCUCAAAGGCUACCUGGACUGGAUCACCCAGGCAGAAGACAUUGACCCCGAGAAUGAGGACGAGGGCAUGGAUGAAGACAAGCCUCGAAACAGAGGCGCUCCAGCGGGCUUGCAUGAUCAGAAGAAAGGGAAGUUUGCUUGGUUUAGUCACUCUACAGAAACCCAUGUGAGCAUGCCCACAAGUGAGACUGAGUCUGUCAACACUGAAAACGUGGCUGGAGGUGACAUCGAGGGAGAAAACUGUGGAGCCAGGCUUGCCCAUCGGAUCUCCAAAUCCAAAUUCAGCCGCUACUGGCGCAGGUGGAAUCGAUUCUGCAGAAGAAAAUGCCGUGCAGCAGUUAAGUCCAACGUCUUCUACUGGCUCGUGAUCUUCCUGGUGUUCCUCAACACCCUCACCAUUGCCUCCGAACAUUACAACCAGCCUCACUGGCUCACAGAAGUGCAAGACACAGCCAAUAAAGCCCUCCUGGCCCUUUUCACUGCAGAAAUGCUCCUGAAGAUGUACAGCCUGGGUCUUCAGGCCUAUUUUGUGUCCCUCUUCAACCGCUUUGACUGUUUCAUUGUGUGUGGGGGCAUCCUGGAGACCAUCCUGGUGGAGACGAAGAUCAUGUCUCCCCUGGGCAUCUCUGUGCUGAGAUGUGUGCGGUUGCUCAGGAUCUUCAAGAUCACCAGGUACUGGAAUUCCUUGAGCAACCUUGUGGCAUCCUUGCUGAACUCAGUGCGCUCCAUUGCCUCCCUGCUGCUGCUCCUCUUCCUCUUCAUCAUCAUCUUCUCCCUCCUGGGGAUGCAGCUCUUUGGAGGGAAGUUCAAUUUCGAUGAGAUGCAGACCCGUAGGAGCACGUUCGAUAACUUCCCGCAGUCUCUCCUCACUGUGUUUCAGAUCCUGACCGGGGAGGACUGGAAUUCGGUGAUGUAUGAUGGGAUCAUGGCUUAUGGCGGCCCCUCUUUUCCAGGGAUGUUAGUCUGUAUUUACUUCAUCAUCCUCUUCAUCUGUGGAAAUUAUAUCCUACUGAAUGUGUUCUUGGCCAUUGCGGUGGACAACCUGGCUGAUGCGGAGAGCCUGACCUCAGCCCAAAAGGAGGAGGAAGAAGAGAAGGAGAGGAAGAAGCUGGCCAGACCGGCCAGGACUGCCAGCCCAGAAAAGAAACAGGAGGUGAUGGAGAAGCCAGCCGUGGAGGAGAGCAAAGAGGAGAAAAUUGAACUGAAAUCCAUUACAGCCGAUGGAGAAUCCCCACCCACUACCAAGAUCAACAUGGAUGACCUCCAGCCCAGUGAAAACGAGGAUAAGAGUCCCCACUCCAACCCAGACACUGCAGGGGAAGAGGAUGAAGAGGAGCCAGAGAUGCCUGUGGGGCCACGCCCCCGGCCCCUGUCUGAGCUGCACCUUAAGGAAAAGGCAGUUCCCAUGCCGGAAGCCAGUGCAUUUUUCAUCUUCAGCCCAAACAACAGGUUCCGCCUGCAGUGCCACCGUAUUGUCAAUGACACGAUCUUCACCAACCUCAUCCUCUUCUUCAUUCUGCUCAGCAGCAUCUCUCUGGCUGCUGAGGACCCCGUCCAGCACACCUCCUUCAGGAACCAUAUUCUGUUUUAUUUUGACAUUGUUUUUACCACCAUUUUCACCAUUGAAAUUGCUCUAAAGAUCCUAGGCAAUGCAGACUAUGUCUUCACUAGUAUCUUUACAUUAGAAAUUAUCCUUAAGAUGACUGCUUACGGGGCUUUCCUGCACAAGGGCUCUUUCUGCCGAAACUACUUCAAUAUCCUGGACCUGCUGGUGGUUAGCGUGUCCCUCAUCUCCUUUGGCAUCCAGUCCAGCGCGAUCAACGUUGUGAAGAUUUUACGAGUGCUGCGAGUCCUCAGACCCCUGAGGGCCAUCAACAGGGCCAAGGGGCUAAAGCAUGUGGUUCAGUGCGUGUUUGUGGCCAUCCGGACCAUCGGGAACAUCGUAAUUGUCACCACUCUGCUGCAGUUCAUGUUCGCCUGCAUUGGGGUCCAGCUCUUCAAGGGAAAGCUCUAUACCUGUUCGGAUAGUUCUAAACAGACGGAGGCAGAAUGCAAGGGUAACUAUAUCACAUACAAAGAUGGAGAGGUCGAUCACCCCAUUAUCCAGCCUCGAAGCUGGGAGAACAGCAAGUUUGACUUUGACAAUGUUUUGGCAGCCAUGAUGGCUCUCUUCACCGUCUCCACCUUCGAAGGGUGGCCAGAGCUGCUGUACCGCUCCAUUGACUCCCACACAGAAGACAAGGGCCCCAUCUACAACUACCGUGUGGAGAUCUCCAUCUUCUUCAUCAUCUAUAUCAUCAUCAUUGCCUUCUUCAUGAUGAACAUCUUCGUGGGUUUCGUCAUUGUCACCUUCCAGGAGCAGGGGGAACAAGAGUACAAGAACUGUGAGCUGGACAAGAACCAGAGACAAUGUGUGGAAUAUGCCCUCAAGGCCCGACCCUUGCGAAGGUACAUCCCCAAGAACCAGCACCAGUACAAAGUGUGGUACGUGGUCAACUCUACCUACUUCGAGUAUCUGAUGUUCGUUCUCAUCCUGCUCAACACCAUCUGCCUGGCCAUGCAGCACUAUGGCCAGAGCUGCCUCUUCAAAAUCGCCAUGAAUAUACUCAACAUGCUUUUCACCGGCCUCUUCACAGUGGAGAUGAUCCUGAAGCUCAUUGCCUUCAAACCCAAGGGUUACUUUAGUGAUCCCUGGAAUGUUUUUGACUUCCUCAUCGUCAUUGGGAGCAUAAUUGAUGUCAUUCUCAGUGAGACUAAUCACUAUUUCUGUGAUGCAUGGAAUACAUUUGACGCCUUGAUUGUUGUGGGUAGCAUUGUUGAUAUAGCAAUCACCGAGGUACACCCAGCUGAACAUACCCAAUGCUCUCCCUCUAUGAGUGCAGAGGAGAACUCCCGCAUCUCCAUCACCUUCUUCCGCCUCUUCCGGGUCAUGCGCCUGGUGAAGCUGCUGAGCCGCGGGGAAGGCAUCCGAACCCUGCUGUGGACCUUCAUCAAGUCCUUCCAGGCUCUGCCCUAUGUGGCUCUUUUGAUUGUGAUGCUGUUCUUUAUCUAUGCAGUGAUUGGGAUGCAGGUGUUUGGGAAGAUUGCCCUGAAUGACACCACAGAGAUCAAUCGGAACAACAACUUCCAGACGUUCCCCCAGGCUGUGUUACUGCUGUUCAGGUGUGCCACCGGAGAGGCCUGGCAGGACAUCAUGCUGGCCUGCAUGCCAGGCAAGAAGUGUGCCCCAGAGUCUGAGCCCAGCAACAGCACGGAAGGGGAGACCCCCUGUGGCAGCAGCUUUGCUGUCUUCUACUUCAUCAGCUUCUACAUGCUCUGUGCCUUCCUGAUCAUCAACCUCUUUGUAGCUGUUAUCAUGGACAACUUUGACUACCUGACUAGGGAUUGGUCUAUCCUCGGUCCCCAUCACCUGGAUGAAUUCAAGAGAAUCUGGGCCGAGUAUGACCCUGAAGCCAAGGGUCGGAUCAAACACUUGGAUGUGGUGACCCUCCUCCGUCGAAUUCAGCCCCCACUGGGUUUUGGGAAAUUGUGUCCUCACCGUGUGGCCUGCAAACGCCUGGUGUCCAUGAACAUGCCUCUGAACAGCGAUGGCACAGUCAUGUUCAAUGCUACCCUGUUUGCCCUCGUCAGGACAGCCCUGAGGAUCAAAACAGAAGGGAACCUAGAGCAAGCCAAUGAGGAGCUUCGGGCCAUCAUCAAGAAAAUCUGGAAGAGGACUAGCAUGAAGCUGUUGGACCAGGUGGUGCCCCCUGCAGGCGAUGACGAGGUCACAGUGGGCAAGUUCUAUGCCACCUUCCUGAUCCAAGAGUACUUCAGGAAAUUCAAGAAGCGAAAAGAGCAGGGGCUGGUGGGCAAGCCCUCACAAAGGAAUGCACUGUCCCUCCAGGCUGGCUUGCGCACCUUGCAUGACAUUGGGCCUGAGAUCCGGCGGGCCAUCUCUGGGGAUCUGACUGCUGAGGAGGAGUUGGACAAGGCUAUGAAGGAGGCGGUGUCUGCUGCCUCCGAAGAUGACAUCUUCAGGAGGGCUGGAGGCCUGUUCGGCAACCAUGUCACCUACUAUCAGAGUGACAGCAGGGGCAACUUUCCUCAGACGUUCGCCACCCAGCGCCCACUGCACAUCAACAAGACAGGGAACAACCAAGCUGACACUGAGUCACCGUCCCAUGAGAAGCUGGUGGACUCCACGUUCACCCCCAGCAGCUACUCAUCCACGGGCUCCAAUGCCAACAUCAACAAUGCCAACAACACUGCCCUGGGCCGCUUCCCCCAUCCCGCUGGCUACUCCAGCACGGUCAGCACUGUGGAGGGCCAUGGGCCUCCCUUGUCCCCUGCUGUCCGAGUACAGGAGGCAGCAUGGAAGCUCAGCUCUAAGAGGUGCCACUCCCGAGAGAGCCAGGGAGCCACGGUGAAUCAGGAGAUAUUUCCAGAUGAGACCCGCAGCGUAAGGAUGAGUGAAGAAGCCGAGUACUGCAGUGAGCCCAGCCUGCUCUCCACAGAUAUGUUCUCCUACCAGGAAGAUGAACACCGACAACUGACCUGCCCAGAGGAGGACAAGAGGGAGAUCCAGCCAUCUCCAAAGAGGAGUUUCCUUCGCUCUGCCUCUCUAGGUCGAAGGGCCUCCUUCCAUCUGGAAUGUCUAAAGCGACAAAAGGAUCAAGGGGGAGACAUCUCUCAGAAGACAGCCUUGCCCUUGCAUCUGGUUCAUCAUCAGGCAUUGGCAGUGGCAGGCUUGAGCCCCCUCCUGCAGAGAAGCCAUUCUCCUACCACAUUCCCCAGGCCGUGCCCCACACCCCCUGUCACUCCAGGCAGCCGGGGCAGACCCCUACGGCCCAUCCCUACCCUACGGCUGGAGGGGGCAGAGUCCAGCGAGAAACUCAACAGCAGCUUCCCAUCCAUCCACUGCAGCUCCUGGUCUGAGGAGACGACAGCCUGUAGUGGGAGCAGCAGCAUGGCCCGGAGAGCCCGGCCCGUCUCCCUCACCGUGCCCAGCCAGGCUGGAGCUCCAGGGAGACAGUUCCAUGGCAGUGCCAGCAGCCUGGUGGAAGCGGUCUUGAUUUCAGAAGGACUGGGACAGUUUGCUCAAGAUCCCAAGUUCAUCGAGGUCACCACCCAGGAGCUGGCUGACGCCUGCGACAUGACAAUAGAGGAGAUGGAGAACGCCGCAGACAACAUCCUCAGUGGGGGCGCCCAGCAGAGCCCCAACGGCACCCUCUUACCUUUUGUGAACUGCAGGGACCCGGGGCAGGACAGGGCUGUGGCCCCAGAGGACGAGAGCUGCGCAUAUGCCCUGGGGCGAGGCCGGAGCGAGGAGGCGCUCGCGGACAGCAGGUCCUACGUCAGCAACCUGUAGUCCUCAGGGCUGGCGAGACGCGGGUGGUUUUUUUAUUCGUUUCAAUGUUCCUAAUGGGUUCGUUUCAGAAGUGCCUCACUGUUCUCGUGACCUGGAGGUAACCGGAACAGCGUCUUCAUUCACUGCUGUCGGGAUAAGCCUCAGAGCUGGGCGGUGUACGGAGUCGGCUUUUCAGGGGAGAAGGCCAAGGCCGUGGUGCGGGGGCUCCAGCACCUUCCGCGGCAGCACCGCCCAAAGGACCCCACCCCCACCCCUGAGCAAAAGGGUGUUUUCCCCUUGCUUGUAUAAACAGUCAUUUGCACAUGUUCUGUCUGAGCCUGGCCGUCUCUAUGGAGCAGGGCCCCAGGGAUCUAUGGCAGGAAUGGGCCAGCGCCCCCAGUAGGAGCCGGGAGGUGGCUGCGAGGUUCCCAGCAGUGCAGGUCUGGUCCCUAUGGUCCCUUCAGGGACUCUUUCCCUGCAAGGAGCUGAGAUGCAGGUGGCAGGAGCCAGUGCAGAUCACACCACCCGCCCUCAGCUAGCCAGGCCAGGGGGGCGCAGGCUGCUGCCUGGUGCUCGGGGUUUCAUGGUUUGAGGGUUCUUGUCAGCAUGUUGCGACUUUCUGGGGUUUGGUUUCUUUAUUACUAUUUGUUGUGUUUUCCCACGGGGAGGGGAGGAAUAAGAGCGGUUACAACUGCGCGGCCUCACUUCACUGUUUCCACAUUUGCAUUUGCGUAUUUAAGUCGGAUUUGGUUUGAUUGUAUUCUUUAAAUGGUGCGGUCCACCCCCACCGCCACCCCCACCCCCCACUGGAGCAAGGGUUCAAUAUCACCAGAGAAAGGUUUUACCUGCUCUGUGUCUGCCCAGUAACUUGUUCCAAUUUCCUUAAGUAAAAGCAACUUUUUUCUUUCUUUCGAGUUUGGUUGAGCAUCACAAUCAGCAGGCUAACAGGCAGUUAGAUCAGGCGGUGUGCGCCUGGGCGAUUGAGCUGGGCUCCUUUCUGUGCUGGGCAUAUGGACUGGUUCAAGAGAGAAGAAAUAUGGGCAUCUUUGUGUCACACUUGUGUCCAUAGUAUGUGCGUAUGUGCACCCACGUGGUAUGUGUGCGCCCCACCCCACCCCUGCACAAAAGCCUGUAGAACCCCGUUUGGGUUUGACUGCAGGGAGUUCUAAAUCUGGGGCUAUUUGAAAGCAAGAACAAACCACUGUCUCUGCUUCUGCUUCUGAAACGAGAAUCGGUAACUGCAUUUUUCUGUCCCACGAGAUAUGCAAAAGCAAUGCAAUAAUAUCCAUUUUAAAAUAUGGUUGUGAGUUGUGUCAGCAUUAAAAUUCUAUUUUAAAAAAAAAACCACGAAAUUUAAGGGAAAAACUCAAGAAGACAUUUUGCUUCGAUAUAUUCUGUGUAAUGUUUUAUUGCAUUGAUAAUGUUUCUGUUGAAGAAACUGUUAUACUUGAAUUCAGGUCAGUUUCAGUAUUUUUCAAAUAUUUUUUUAAAACUGAAUUGCAAUUGUGCCAAGCAAAUACAAUGACUUAAGUUUGUUUUAAAAUUCACUUCUUGUAUAUUUUGCUGCAUGUAAAGUAAAUCGUUUUGUAUUUGGAGUGUGAAAAGCUUUACCUUUGAGCUCUUAAGUGCUUCUUCUGUACGUGGUUGGGGGGAAAGAUGGUUUUUCUUUCAUUUGCAAAGUGAACAAAGGUGUCCCCGGUGUAAGUCCUCACUCUGCUUUCCAGAGAGAGGGGAGGUGCCAUUUUGCAUAUCUUGUGUUUUGUUUCCAUAUCCCUCAGUUAUUUCCAAAACCCAGUGGUAAGGUUGCCCAUGCCGAAUCUUGCUUUUCGAGGUCAGGACGUGUUCCACCCAGCUCUUCUGCUGUCUUCUGCUCUUCUCUGUGGAUUCUUGUCCAAUGUUCCAGCAUCCCGUGGGAAGAGGUGGCUGGCUUUCCCAAGCACUGUCACAGCAUAUAUCUCAACUGAGAGGAUGCGGUAACCAUCAGACGGGGACAGUGGUGGGAUAGACUCACCUUUGACCCAUGAUUAGCCCAAACACAGACAGCCAUAGUUGGGAGCUGGUGAGCAGUCACUGGAUGGAACUGUAGCCCUUGUAAAAACUAUUCAUCCUUUCCAUCUCCUGAAGCAGGGAGGCAGAGAAGCAUGGGAUCGAGACCAGGGUGGGAGCACCAGGAUCUCACAGGGAUGAAAGAAACAGAUACAUGAGGCUUUCACUUAGGAUCCUCAGUAUCUGCCUUCAACAACCCUUACGAUUAGUGCUAGGUCCUUCUAUUGUGUCUUAAUAAGAAUGGUUGAAAAGGAAGGGCUUUGAGGAAAAUAAGACUCAACCAUUCGCUCAGAUUUUGCCUACGGAGUAUCUUCCAGUCCCAGUGACCUACCAGCCUUUUAUGGAGAUCAUGUGAGAAUCUGCUCGAAAUUCCAGCAAGGAUGUUCCUCCGUGGCAAUGAGUCUGCUCUUGUGAAUGUUCACGGGGUUAAGCGGAGUGUAGAAACAGCCUUUCUCCUUGGAUUUCCAUAUGUGGUUGACCGAGCAUUUAUGCAGCCUUUGUAGCACCCAUAAGGGCUUCUAGAGAUAAUAAUUAGAUGGUGUCCUUUGUCUUGUUUCUGCGAAGUUCUGCGACUGUGUUGAUGAGUCUUUAGUGGUAGAAAGGGAGCCCUACUGACUGGCUGUGUGGUUCUUCUUUGCAUCUGACUCCCCCCCACCAGAGAAAUGUGGUAUUCUCAUUGACCCUACACACAAGCAUGCAUACCCUGCAUACUCAAUCUCUUCCUGCUGCCUUGUAUCUUCCUUUGAACACUUUGAUCUGCAUUGCCAGAUCCCAUUGAUCAAAGAUAUAAGCUACAAGCUGAGUCCCAGCAUCCCCCGCCAGAACUCUGCCCAGUGUCAUGCCCAACCCACCCUCCUUUCACCAGCCAUACCCACAGACUGCUUUCUCCUUGUGCCAAGGAAACUGAAGUAGCCUUUCACUCAUACAGGGACAAUGGACCCCUUGCCCUUCGUUGCUAGAAGGAAAGAAGGUUCAGUGGACAGGAUCUUUCAUACUUGGCUUCAUGACUACCUGGAUAAAAAUGACAAAUGCUACCUGUCACCAGGACAGUAGGGAACAGUGUCUAAGAAAACCAGUGGACAUCUACACCAGAUUAUCAACUCUCCACCCAACAUGGAAUUUUCCCAAUGACUGUUUUGAACAUAAUUAUCAAACCUUCUGCAAUCCUGACAAUUUCUGGAUGGCAGCAGAAUUAGCCUGCAGCUGGGGACCAAAGGGGCACGAAGGAGUGUAGAUCGUGUGUUUUUAUCUGUCCUAUGACAAUCUCUGUCUCUUUUGUUUAUGAUCUUGUCGUGUGUGUAUGUGUGUGUGUGUGUCCAUGACACAGUCCAAGUAACAGACAAGUCCAGUUAAAUCCCUUUCUGCCUGGUCCUAGGUUGUUCGUAUCUUCAAAUGAAAAAGAGAGAGAUUUUCCUAGGCCUUGUUUGAUUCAUAAACAUUUUUUUCUAUUAGUUGGGGUUCCCAUCUUCUUAAUCUGACUAGGAACCCAAGGCCCAACUGUGUCUUUUACCCUCCUCUGGUGCCUUGGUUCCAAAUUCUGGAACUUGUAUGAAGAGAAGGUCUACAUUCCUUUCUCACACUUCUCAACCAUCCAGAGCUCUGGAGAAGUCCAACUGAACACAGUAGAUAGCCCUUCCUUUGCCAAAGUCAGCACAUUCCUGGAACAGUCAGGAAAUCAGUAGAAAGAACGUGGCUGGUGAGUAGAGGCCAAGUGACAAACCCCUACUGCUCCUAAAUUUGGGCCUAGAGAACAAGGAUCUAGGUCAAGUAUGGAGUAAACUCUCUGGCAAUCAGGGUUUUUAGCCUUAUCAUACCAGUUUUCAGACAUCUCCAAGGAGAAGGAUGGCCCCUCUCUCCCUGAGUGAUUGAAAUGUCCUCAAUCAUCAGCUAGAAAAACAUUGAGCAAGGAGCUGUGGAAGGAGUGUCUGGAUUUCAAAAGAGCUACUCCAAGCCCACGGAAGCUGAUGUUAAGUGUCCUGACCAAUUCUGUUCUUCAACAAGCCCCAGCUCUGAAACAGGUGUCAGCAGCAAGAGAACUAGAGGGGUGGGGAGUGAGGAAAGGUCAAGCCUUAAACCCCACCACCACCAGGUCAUCUCACUGUAUGGAAAGCUCUUCUGUGUGGUCACUCUGUUGCCAGCCUUGGCAAAGGCUGACGGCUCCAUAGUCUGCUUUGGAAAUUAUGGGGGGAAAAAAAUCCUACCCUAGGUGUUUUUCCAGCCAGAUAACCUAGCUAGAGAAAUGUGGCCCUUGCCUGGCCCUGGGAUGCCCCUCCACUGUGUCUGCCAAAGAAUUUGCCAAUGGAGAAGUAGUUGGGGGAGCUUGGCUCUCACUCGAUAAGGUCCAUGUUCUACAGCUGGUGCCCUGGGGAAACGUAUCCUGGAAGGUGUGACGGGAAAACCACCCUACCUAUGAUGUCAGUAAAGGGCACAAUCCCCUCCUUGAGCAUUUCAUCAUUCCUCCCCCUCCCCCUCCUCCCCCUAUUUCCCGUCCUCCCCUCUCCCUCCUUCUCUUCCUUCUCAUCUACCUGCUCAUCCCUUUCUUCUCUGCUUCUUCCUCUCUUUUACCUGUCCUCCUCCUCCUCUUCUUCCUCUACAAACCCAGUGAAGGGAACAGAGGUGAAAGGAACUCACUGGAGAUUCUCACAAUGUUUUUGUUUAUUUGUUUGUUUGUUUGUUUGUUUUGUGUGCCAUAUUGUCACCUUGUUAGGAAGUCAGUUGAAUGCCACACACACACACACACACACACACACACACACACACACAGGUAUAAGUGCUGGAGGUAAUGGCCACAUAGUGAUUUUUUUUUUCCUACAGAAGGGGAGGGCUGUGGUCAGCAUGUUCAACCUGUUUAAUGUGUGGCUGUGUGUCCCAGAACACCUGUGAAUAUGACCCAGUACAUUUAUAGCUGAUGUCCUAUUAGAACAGAAAAGCACUGCGCACCUUUGAAGAGGGACACGUGGAAGAAACUAGAACAGUUUCCACAGGUAGAAAUAGGGCCCGUGUUCUUCAUCUACACUGAGGAAAUGCUGCCACUCUUAAGCCCACCCUUUUCCUCCAACUGUCUUAAGAAGUUUGAUCCACAUAGUAUGUGAAAAAGAGCCUGGUCUUCCUGGUGUGUUAGGAAGACCUGUUAAGCCAUCUCGGGAAGGGAGUUGGAGAAUGGAGCUGAACAGAUCAAGCAUUGCAAAUCAAUUCAGUGCUGUGAGUAGUCUCAACUGAGAUCUUUCUAUUACAUUUCUCUUAGGUCUCCACUAGCAAUCAGGAAGACAAGGCCAGGUAAAACUUGGUGCAGAUAUGAAAUGUCAUAUCACCAGAACCAAACUGUCUCAGAUGUUCACUGCUUUAGAGGUAUAAACCCCACGUCCUCAUGAGAAAUCCUAGGGCCUGCAAUUCCCCCAGAAUGCAAACCACUUGAUGGGGCAAGGCUUACAGAAUAGGUGGCAUGCCACUUGAUCCAACAUAAAUGAGGCAAUUCUUGCAAAUUUGGCACCUUAAAUCCCCCCAUGCACCAUUCAGCAGGCUCGUGACAGGGACAGCUUGGGAAUGCAGAAGCCAUAGGGAAUUGGAGGGUUGUUUCUUUUCUUUUUUCUUUUUUCUUUUUUUUGUGUGUGUGGGGGUGGGGGGAGUGUGCAGGUCCUGGGAGUUGAACCAAGGGCUUUAUGCAUGCUAAACAAGUGCUUUAGCUCUUAUUUGAGAUAGUCUGUGUCUCCUAGGAUUUCCCAGCAUGGAGAAACACACCAAAGUUAAAAGUAGGGAGAAACCAUUGGUAAUUAAGGACAGAUGGUUUAUAAGCAAGUGGUCCCUGCAAAGGGCCCCCUAGAAGGCAUCACGGUGACCCUUGAACUGUGGGCACCUUUCUGUUCUGCACACCACACACAUCCACAGCUGCACCAGCCCCUCAGACUUGAAAUCCACCUACCAGACCAUGCACCCAUCUGUCUUACCCUGCUUGGACAUUUGGUAUUUUUGGUUUGUUUGUUUUUAUUUGCCCACUUCUCUGAGCAAAGCACAGAUGACAGAGAAACAGUGAGGUUUAUACAUCUCUGUGAUCACAGCAGUUAAGAACAACCUGUGGGAAGAAAUAGUCUUUGAAAAAUGGAUGGCAGAGCCCUGGAGUGAGUGCUGCAAUGUCUGCUGCUCUCAGAAAUUCAGCCUGCCAGUGUUACUAAGGAAAACUUCCCUCCGUGAAAAGGGUCACAUAAAGCCGCUCCCCAUAUGUGUACUCAGUCCACUUUUAUGUCCCCAAGAAAACCUGUCAUGUGCCAUGCCUGUUCCCAGAGGCAUGGAAAGAUGAACAGGCCUCUAGACCACUCAUACACACCUGCCCAUCCCACACCUGCCCCUCCAGGCUCCACGACACCACAGUCUGACUGUUGUAAAUAUUGUUGUACAGUUUGUAAUCAAAUACUCAUGUCGUCAAAGGCCCUGCCUGCUGCGCCUUCUCCCCCCUCGAGCAAGGCCAGGGAAACUAGAAGGGAAACCCUUCGAGGAGAGCUUCAGGGUCCAUCUCUGUGUGAGACGCUACUGUAUAUUCCUGUAAGAUUGCAUUUUUAUCUAAGGAAUGAUGUUAUUUAAAAAACAAACAAAAACGCAAAAAAGAAUUGCAAAUAAAUUUCUUAACAAUGUC